UAGUGGAGCCCAAGAAGCAGGGCCUUGCCUUUGUGGUUGUAGAAAGAGAAGAUGGCUCCCGUUCAGGAGAAACAGCUCCCGGGCGCAGCCGGGGCAGGCGACAAUAAAAACGAGGAGGAAGAAGGACAAAACCUCUGGACCUCGAUACUGAGUGAAGUUUCAACUAGGUCGAAUGCAAAGUUGCCAUCAGGGAAAAAUAUCCUGGUAUUUGGGGAGGAUGGAUCAGGAAAAACGUCACUCAUGUCCAAACUUCAAGGAGCAGAACACAACAAGAAAGGGAGGGGAUUGGAGUAUUUGUACUUAAGUGUACAUGAUGAAGACAUAGAUGAUCUUACGCGGUGUAAUGUGUGGAUCCUUGAUGGAGACCUAUACCACAAAGGCCUACUUAAGUUUGCUGUUCCAGCUCAGGCACUACCUAACUGUCUUGCUGUGUUUGUUGCGGAUAUGUCACGGCCCUGGACCAUUAUGGAGUCACUGCAGAAGUGGGCAAGUGUACUACGCGACCAUGUGGACAAACUCAAGAUCCCACCAGAGGACAUGAGAGAAAUGGAGCAGAAGAUGGUGAGGGCGUUUCAAGAGUACAAAGAACCAGAAGAUGCCACCCAACCCUCUCCACAGAGACGGCCCCCAGCUGCAGGGGAAGAAGAGGAAGUUGUGCUACCACUUGGGGACAACACGCUCACACACAACCUGGGCAUUCCAGUGCUAAUAGUUUGCACAAAGUGUGACGCAGUCAGUGUACUAGAGAAAGAGUACGACUACAGAGAAGAGCACUUCGAUUUUAUCCAGUCCCACAUCCGGAGAUUUUGCUUAGAGUAUGGAGCGGGUCUGAUCUAUACAUCAGUCAAAGAGGAAAAAAACCUGGAUCUGCUUUACAAAUAUUUAGUACAUAAGAUUUAUGAGUUUGAGUUCACCUCACCUGCCUUAGUGGUGGAGAAGGAUGCAGUGUUCAUUCCAUCUGGAUGGGAUAAUGAGAAGAAAAUUGGGAUUUUGCAUGAAAAUUUCACGACAGUCAGACCUGAAGAUCCAUUUGAAGAUUUCAUCACGAAACCUCCAGUAAGAAAGCUGGUUCAUGACAAAGAGAUCAGUGCAGAGGAUGAGCAGGUGUUCCUGAUGAAGCAACAGUCUUUGUUAGCAAAGCAGCCAGCCACGCCAACAAGAGGAGCAACAGAGUCUCCAGGACGGACAGCCUCGGGGUCUCCAAGGCCUGCAGGUCGCGCUGGCCAACCUGCAGUGACCGGCAGCUCACCGAUGGCUGCUGUCAAAAAGCCUGAUCCCAACAUGAAAGCUGGAGCUGCCAAUGAGGGAGUGCUGGCUAACUUCUUCAACAGUCUGUUGAGUAAAAAGACUGGAUCCCCAGGGAGCCCAGGAAGUGGAGCAGUUGGAGCUGGAGUGCAAGGGUCUGCCAAGAAAACAGGGCAGAAGCCGGGUUUGACUGACGUCCAGGCAGAGUUGGACAGGAUGACUCGCAAACAAGACUCCAUGGUUUCAGCUAACAACAUACCACCGCCGACAGAGAACGAAGCGUGAAGGCAACAAAAACAGCUGCAUCCUCCACUGUAUUAAUACUCUGGAAAAUAAAACAUGUACAUGUGAACGAUAAAAAAAGAAAAUGACCAAAUUCCCAACAUCUAUAUCAGUCAGCACACAUGGUGGUUUUACCAAAAUGAGUUCAGAUGCUAUCAGAUAUUUUGGAGCUCUGGUGAGAUGGAAAGUGUGAUAUAAGAGAGGUGAAGGUGUUAAUGAGAUGAUAAGUGCUAAAGGCUUGGAUUUAUUUCUGUCCUCUCUUCCGCUGAAAGUGUUAUUUUAUGAGGAAUGUCGGUGAAUGGAAACGUGUGCACACUCCCUGGCAGGCAGCCUGACGUGCUGGACUGCAGGUCCCCAGUCUCUGGGAUAAAACUCCCUCUCUUGAUGGGUUUAAAGAGUGGAAAUAUUUCUGGUCCUGUGGCCUUUAGUUAAGCUUAUCUUAUGGAAGGAAUUUGGUUGCGAUUGGAAAGGUAUUUAAAGUUUAAAUAUAUUCAGUGAGAACAGGAAUUGAAAUACUUGCAAACACAUGUAGUAUGUAAAAAUGUUGGAUAUGAAAUGGUUGUAUUUAUACAAAUUUCCUCCUUUUUAUUUUAUUUUGUGCACCAUUUUUCGGUUUAAGGAAAUAUUCAUCUGCAUCGCUUAACAUGUUAAAAUGCCACUGACGUCAUGACACUAAUAUGACCAGUCCAGAUAGCUGAUAGCAUAUCAUGUCAUUUACCCUAAUCAUCUCGAAGGAUUAUGUAAAUAGAAGUACAAAAAUCUAUUCAGGUUAACUUGACUUUGUAUAAACUGCAAUUCUGUCCAAAUUCUUUGAAUAGCUUCUUUGACUAAAUGAGAAAGGUUGGGAAUAGACGGACUUAGAGGUUGCAACAGAAUCACUUCUUUUGCUACGAGUGUGUAUAUUUGGGGAGGGGGUUGGGCAGCAUCUUUCCUACUAUAACUCCUAAGUGCCUCGCACAGUUAGCUGUUUGUGUCAUAGUAGAGGUGCUUGUCUACGUAAGAGGAAAUGCACUGUAGCAUCAUCGGUUUAAAGGUUUUUGUCCAUUUUUUGUCAUCCAAAUAAUUUAUUUUGUUUUACAUUUUUGUUAAUGUACAACAAGCCUGUGGUCUCUUGUUAUUUUCAGAAAUGAUAUUUCUGUGGCCUAGUUGAUCAUUUUCAGUAGAGCAAUAGAUUGAUUUCAUACAGACUGUAAAGGCUGCUGAUAUUAAGAAACUAAGAAACCACACGUUGGAACUUUUGGGUCCCUCAGACGAACACGUAACACGGGUGAAACCACUCGUCUUGCAGCCAAAAGACAAUGAUUUGCUGUGGUUUGAUCAAAAAUGAGUUAUUGUAUCUUUGAUGUUGGACAGCACUGUCCUCCUUUGGUUUCACAUGUUUUAUUCGCCCUCUGUACUUUUGCAUGUCAGUUAAAACAUUCCCAGUUUCUACAUGAUGUAGUUGUAGGAACUUAUCCCUGUAGGUUUGUCCAGUCAGGUCUUUUAGUUCUUUCUCUUUCAGUGCCCAUUUAAAAUGACAGCCUUUGCCUUCAAUGUACAGCUAACUGUUUGUCACACUGGGCACCCUGCCUUCACAGGAAUGCUCCUAAUUAAUUUGUGUGUCCUUAAAGGGUUGCUUAAUUGUCUUAUAUUAUUGCUUUUCUAUUAUUUUACUGUACCAUAUCAAAAAUCUGUAAUGUUUAUGGUUUCAUGACACCAUGAGUUGAUGAAAUUAAGUGUACAUUAUCUUCAGUCUGUAUGCAAGGCCCUACUUAAUCCUAUGGAUAGUUUUCAUCUGUAGCGUUCACAGAUUUAAUGACAAGUGUUGAGAGCAGCUAUUUACUAAUUAAGUAAUAGCAAGCUAGGAAACUGGAUUGAAUUGGGACAAUGUACCAAAGAUGCAUAGUAGUCACUAUUUUCUGCUUUUAUUGUUGGCAGUCAUCCAUAAGAUUAACCAGUGGCCAUUUGUUUUGUCCUACUUUGCAUGGAGCCCUUGCAUUCCAAACUUAAGUUCCAACGGUAAGCUCUUAUUUUGAUUAUGACCUAUUUAAAUAGUAGAUAUGCCUUACUCCACUCAGCCAUAUCAGGAGUUUCAGACUUCAAAAGAAAAUGUAACUGUCUGAUGAAAUUUAUGGAACUGCAUAAAUUAUUUUGGAAAAUUUCAGCUGCAAGGGAAUGAUGUUAGGAUCAUAUUUGUGUACAGUUGGCUUCAUGCAUGAUUUUAUUUGUUUGUUAGAGACGCUACAAAACUGUUCUGGAUUUACUUUUGAUCAAACAAAGCUCUUAUUGUUUUUAUUUGUCCUUUUUUGUGACUGGGUGGAAUGUGCCCCUGAGCGUCUGUGGAUGAAGCACAAUUUGUAAGAACAGCCAGGAGCAGUACCCACACGUGUUGAAAUAAGCACUUUUCCUUGGACACUUGUAUCAAUUCCACAUUGGUACGGUAUAGGAUACAGAAUGCAUUUUUUUCUCCUUUUUUGCGUUGCCUUGUUUUCUUAGAUUUAGUGAUUAACCCUAAAAGUUAACCUUCAUUAUAAAGCAUCAUUAUUUAUCUGCAUUUGCUGCUGAAGAUCUGGAAGAUGCCCUUAGUGGUUGAUUGUGGAAUAACCUGUUUCUGUUGGUGAUGUACAUUAAAUAUCAAUCAUCUAGACAUAACCCUCAUUAGGGAUGUUUUUGAACAUCUGAAAGUAGAGAAACCAAAUACCAUAAACCAUUAGUUAUCAGGUUUGUCCUUUUUGCCUUUAAAACAUCCUUUUUGUUUACAUCUUACCUAGGCAUGUGUUCUUUUAGUUGUCAAAUAUUUCCCCCAUAGACACUUUCUGUUUAAGACAAAUUUGAAAUGUCAUCGACCACCCUGAUCUUUCUUUGUAAACAUGGCCGCACUAUAAUUUGACAUUUAGCUGAGUGUAAUGAAGUGCUCUCAUGCUGCUUGGUUUCAAAGUUGCACUUGCUCUUUCUAAAGGUUGGGUGUUGCUCCCAAGAUUGAUCAAUGAACAGAUGUUACUUUUGUACUUAGCUGCGAUGGAAAGCGACUGCCUCUUCACAUCAUAACUGAAUUGCCUUCAACCACUAUUGACCGUCUACUUCUAUAUGAGACUAUGAGCUUCUGCUUCCAGCCCUUUUUGUAUUCAGGAUAUCAAGACAUUGUAAGCACAUGGCUGGCUGCAUUUUGUGUCCUGAUGUAAUUCAGAAGUUUGAUUGUAUGACUUUAACAGAGUUCUGUAGCCUCUAAGCUGCCAUGUGGAUUCUAGCUUCUUACGCCGACAAAGAUAAGGAAAAUGUUUAUCAGACCCCUGGCUUCAAUAAAACCAAGAAUACAAAAUU